AUGGUAACAAUUCGAGAUGCUUGGAGAAGACAUAGAAGUGAUUUGAAGAUGAAUUAUUCUGAUCCAUAUGACACUGAUGCAGUUCGAAUGGAAAAAAAGCCUGGUCAUAUUCCAGAAUGUCAAUUUAGAGAGCUUCUCAAAUAUUGGAAUUCUGAAAAAUUCAAGAAAAUGUCUGAAACAAAUGCAAAGAAUCGAAAAAAACUGAUGAAUCCACACACUGCUGGCAAAAAGAGUUUUGCUUUAGUUCGUAAUAAGUUGGAGAAAUAUAAGGAGACAGUAUCAUCUAAGGAUCUCUUUGUGGUUACAAGAACAAGAAAACCCGGGCGUUUGUACAAGUCUUCAAAUGAAGAUACUACUAGUAAAAUUGCUGAAAUAGAGGAAAUUGAAAAUCAAAUAAGCAUAAAUGGUGAGUAUGUUGAUGCAUUUUCAAGCGUCAUGGGUCCUGAACAUCCAGGACGUCUAAGACUACAUGGCGCAGGAGUUACAAAGACUAGUUUGAAAAAAAAAAGUUGGCAAUUCAGAAUCAACUUUAAGUGCAACAACUGA